CGCAGAAGAACCGCGUGUGUAUCUUGUUGAGGACCCGGAGCAGCUCAAACUGUAUUGCGUGCGUGUUUUUAAGCAGGUUCACGGCUGCCGUGAUGGAGGACCGGAGCCGGCUGUGCUCCGUGUGGCUCGGCUCGGAGACCGGUAUCCUAAAGGGGGUCAGCCUGAUCCGGAAACAGGCCUUUAACUUCUGCAACACCAGCCACCUGAGCCGUGACCAGGAGGUCCGCGCGCUGUGCUGGGCGGACCCGGCGGAGAGCGAGCUGCUGGUGGGCUCUGUGGACGGAACCGUGAAGACCUUCAGCACAGAGAAGGGCGCCUUCACCGACGCCCGGCGGUGUGGAGACCCCGCGGAUGGCUGCUUCGCCGGGCUGGCGGCGCUCAGCGGCUCCGCGUUGAUCACUUGCGUGGAGUCCGGGACGGUGCGUGUGUGGACGGAGGAAAGUCGUGAGCCCGUGACAGAGUUGAAUGCGGGGAAAAACGUGUGCAGGAUGCGACAGAGCCCGGUGUACCAGCACAAAGUCGCCACCGGCGGUAAGGAAAACGGCCUGAAGAUCUGGGACCUGGAGCGGCCCGAGAAGCCACUGUUCACGGCCAAGAACUUGCGGGACGACUGGCUGGAUCUACGGAGGCCGCACUGGGUCAAAGACAUGGCUUUCAUUCCAGACUCCGACAAGCUGGUCGCCUGCACAGGUUACCAUCAGGUGCACGUCUUCGACCCAUCCACCCCCCAGAGGCGGCCAGUCCUGGAGGCGGAGUACGGCGAGUAUCCGCUCACGGCGCUGUCUCUGCCCGCCGCCGGCUCCACCGUGGUGGUGGGGAACACCCAGGGUCAGAUCGCCCAGCUGGACCUGAGGAAGGGGCUGGUCCGCGGGGCUCUGAAGGGGCUUUCGGGGGGCGUGCGUUGCCUGCAGUGCCAUCCCACACAGCCCCUGGUGGCGUCCUGCGGCCUGGACCGCUUCCUCCGCAUCCAUAGCCUGGAGGACCGCAGCCUGCUGCACAAAGUUUACCUGAAGUCCCGGCUGAACUGUCUCCUGAUGACCAGGAAGGAUCUGGACGGAGGGGAGGGGGCGGCGGCGGGGGGGCAGGAGGCCGAGGUGAAGGAGGAGGAGGAGGAAGAUGAUGUGUGGGGGGCCAUGGAGCAGGUGGAGGAGGAGACAGUGAAGAGGAAAGCAACAGAGGAGGAAGAGAAGACAAAGAAAAAAAAGAAAAGACAAGACUGAGGGGUGUUUAAGGUCUGAGGAGAGCAUGGGACAUUUGAUCCUCAGCAGCUACAGACUGAAACAGGAUUGAAUCUGCAGUUUUUCUUUAGACAGAUUUUAUUAGAUGUCUGUUCUGGUAUGUGUCAGUAAACUGAAAUAAAUCAGUAGUCGGAUGUCCGUUUGUCA